AUGGUUGAGUCUGAUUUCCAUGCUACGAAACUCGGGUCAGUUCUGUAUGAGCUGAGUGGAGCCCUUGACAAGGAACCUCAGAUACAAAGGUCGAUCGAGCUGACCUUUGCCAAGAAGUCUCCUGCAACCUUGCACAAGAGGACUUUGGCUUUUUGGAAGAUGUUCAAGUUCCAUUCGGAUUGCGGAUAUAAGUCUGGGCUGCAUAUGAGUGAAGCGAGCAUUUUUGCAUACAUUGACUCGCUGAAGGGCAAGUCUCCUUCGGCUCCUCAGAGCUGCUUGGAGGCCGUGAACUUCAUGCACUCCCUUCUUGGCAUUCGAGCGCCACUGGAUGACCUAGUGUCUCCUAGGAUCAGAGGCCUGGUCUAUGAGUGCGCUGUGCAAAAGAGGCCGUUGAAGCAAGCAAGGCCCCUUACAGCCGAUGAGGUGAGGUUCCUUGAGAAGCUUGUGGUCAAGAGCCCCGACACUGCAGUUGUUUGCAUCGCUGGAUUCUUCUUGUUUGUUCUUGCGAACUCUGCUCGUUGGGGAGAUGCUCAGCAUUCGACUUUUCCGGUCCUGGACACUUCCGGGACGCGGCCGGUGCUUACCUCGGGGACCACCAGGCACAAACUGGCAAGCACCGCGGAAAGGAAGACCACUCUUCUUCCCUUUGUUUGCUUUGGGCAGCUGCUGGUUUCGACGGCGUGGGCGCCGAAGUGGCUGGAUGCCAUGAAGAGGGCUCGCUUGCCUAGGGCCAACGUGGACUACCUUCUCCCUUCGUGGAAUGAGUCCUCCAACCAGUUCAUAAGGCGUAGGAUGACGAGCGGCGAAGGCACCCUGCUCCUGCGGGAGAUCCUGCGGCAGAUGGGGACGCCUUUGCUGGAGCCCUUGCCUUCGAGCCACAGUUUAAAGGUGACGAUCUUGAGCUGGCUUUGCAAGAGUGGACAGUUCACUUUGGUUGAGCGACAGAUCAUUGGGCAUCACCUCGACCGCCCUUCGACUAGUGCCCUCACUUAUGGGAGGGCAAAUUUUGUGGGGCCUAUGGUCAAGGUUUCUGGCAUGCUGGGCAAGAUGCAUGACGGCUCUUUCCGGCCGGAUGCCUCAGCAGCAGACUUGAUUGCCCAACAAUUGAUGCAGGAGGAACUUGCUUCGGACGAGCUUGAGCGGAAGGCUCAUGGCGAGCCACAGGCUUGUGAUGACAGCGCGUCUGAGGAUGUCGGCCACGAUGAGGCUGAGGAGGCUGUGGUUGAAGCAGUCCCGGCGGCGGAGCGUCGCAUGGUGGCAGCUCCGAACCCAGAUGACUUCCUUGUGCAUUUGUCGUCUGGUACGCUUCAUGCCCUUGCCUCGACGCCUGAUCGGUUUCGCUGUGGGAGGCCAAGGCAGGGCAGGAGCCUGAGUCAUGACGCGGACCGGAAGGGCUGCGGUGGCUACCCUCUUUUGCAGUUCGGGUGUCUGGCUGCGGCGAUGCGUGGUUGCCACGAUGAAGUGCAAAGAACCGGGCCUUUGCGACGGGCUGCGUUAAACAGCAAUGCCGGUGUCAUCGCCAUGUCCGUGGAUUCGCAGGCGGCCUUUCGCGCGGAGGCACUUCGCUUGGGCGUGUCAGAGGCACAUGUGGACACUCUGAUUACAAAGGGCAUCCGAAGCUUCUCACUGUUCGCCUUCAUAUCCAGCUACCAGCCGGGGGCGACCGAUGAGAAGCCGUUUGUGGAUGCAUUGGUUGCAAAGCUUGGGGAUGAGGCAAAAGAAUCCUUGCCCUCCUUUCGCCACCUUUUCUACACCAGCCACACUUUGGCAGUUCAGGAGUUGAAGGACAAGUUCGAGCCGAGGGAGGAGGCCAAACGCUUGUCCAUGGCCGAUCGGGUUGAUCGUCUUGACCGUCUUCGCAAAUCCUUGCCGGGCAUGACCAUCGAUACCUGGUUGGAGCCAUCCCAUGCCCUGGUCGACAGGGCCGUUUCAUUUGCGGAAGAGCAGUGCCUGGGGCCUUUGGAGCUGUCCAAGUGUACUUCGCGUGAGGCGGAGAUGCGCUCGGAAAAGCGCGACCCCGUUACCUUCAAGCUGGAGCAGCUAAACAUCAAGGUUACCAAGAACCAUGCGGCGGUCACAGCGGAUACGAGUACAGACUUGCAUGUGCGGACGUGCAUGCAGCGCCGUGCCCUCGCUUUUCACAUGGCCGGCAUCGCGACUUUCACAGUCCUGGACAAGGUCAUUUCGCGCUUCUUUGGCCACAUGAUGCGGCCAGUGUACCCGGGACAGCAUCCUGUUGUCCUGCGGCAG